AUGGAUGAUAGUUCGGAGGUUUCCCCAACGGACUCAAGUAAAGAUAUAACAGAUGGAAAGCCAAACAACGGCGAAGGUGAUAUUGAUGAUGAUGUGUCUGCUAAAAUGACCGCGUCCUACAGCGAAAUAUCAUUUCAUUCCGAUAAUGGACAAAACAAUGAUGCCAAAAUGCCAGGUCCAUCUAGACCCUACGACUUACCCUCAGAAAACAGAAGGCAAGACAAAGUACCUUUAGAUAUAGAUGGCCAUGUAAGAUAUGUAGGUGAUAUGACACAUUAUGUAGCUGAUGAUUUGGAAUUUAAGAUAAAACUCUCUAGCCCAGUAACAAAAAAAGGUGAAACACCUGUAUUUGGAAGUUCCAGUGCAUCAAGAUCUAGUACACCAUCAGGGAAAUUGUAUAGGCAAAUUUUAGCUCCACAAAUUGGCCAAAUAGACAUAACAGUUCUAAAUGAUUUAGAACAUGAAGCUCAAAAAAUUGCACAAUCGGUAGAUAAUCUUAUUGAAAACUUGUCAAGCAUCCUACAUUCUAAUUCCUCUUUAACAGCUGAGAAUAUGGAAGUAUAUAAGGAUGCUGUAGGUAAAACAUGUGAUGCUAUGGACAACAAUAUUAAAAGUAUGUAUACUAUAUUGGCUAAGGGUGAAGAAGUUUCACAAGCUAUGGUCCCAGUACAAGCGCAGGCAGCAAGAAUUACUGAAAUCAAGAGAUUGCUACAAAUAUUUGAAAGCUAUUUUUAG